AUGAUAAAAGACGAAUAUAAGGAAGAAUUGGCCGUCACUUUGUUGACUGAACUUUUGGCGUACCAAUUUGCGUUUCCGGUGAGAUGGAUCGAGACACAAGAUGUUUUCAUUAACGAUUUCAAGGCUGAGAGGAUCAUCGAGGUUGGUCCCUCUCCUAUUUUGACCAACAUGGCAGCCAGAACAGUUAGGGCAAACGAAAGUCAUGAGAUGGCCAGGCAUAUGAGAAGAGAGAUUUACUGUACUUCCAAUCAUUUGGAUAAGAUAUAUUAUGGCACGGAACCCGCUGCUAGCACAUCGAGCAAACCUGAAAGUGUAAAGAUCGAAAAGGAAUUGGAGCCUGUGGCUCCCGUUGAGACCGCAAUAAACAAUGUCGUACCGGUGAGUCAACCUCUAAGCACGCAUACCUUUGACUCCAGUGUGACAUUGCAACCCAGACACAUUGUGACCGCUCUGGUUUCUAAUAAGCUUCCAGGUUGCAAAUACGCCGAUCUGAAUAUCAACAAGAGCCUUAAGGAGGUCUCACACGGUAAAUCAACGCUGCAGAAUGAGAUCAAAUCAGAUCUAAUAAAGGAGUUUGUAAACUUAAAGGAUGAUAGUUUUGAAGAUAUCCCAUUAUCUGAGUUGUGUCAAUCAUUGGAACAACAUACACUUGGUGCCGUUACGCUCGCACAAGUUAUCAAAUUCAUGAGUCAAUCUUUGAGUGGUAAGUUCAAGUCCCUCAGCGGGGUGAGAAAUUAUCUAGGAAACGAAUGGUCAAUUGCGGAUUCAAAUCCUAUCCUUCUUUACAUGGCGUACCAGGAUUCUAGCUUCAAAACGAGGAUUUCAUGCGAAACUGAGGCUGCACAUUUUAUCGAUAGCUGCUGUCAGGCUUUCGCGGUAACUGAAAAUAUCAAGGUCAUCACCGCCCAGGCUACCUCGGGUGCUGUAGACCCUGAAGGCGGCGAAGUCAAGCCAGUUAUCAGCGCUGCAGAAUAUGAUGCUUUUAAUGAAGGAUUACAUGGAUUAUACACUCAACAAAGAGAUGUACUCAACAAACGCCUGAUUGUAUCGGAUGACAAGUCUGAGCUACUGAGAAAGGAUUCAGAGCUUCAAACAAUCAAAGACAAAAUGACAGCUUUGGAAGCUGAGUUUGGGGAGUUUUACCUGAAUGAAUCCAUCAAACGCCUCUUUUCUCCCGCCAAGAUUCGUGUAUAUGAUUCUGCUUGGAACUGGUCUCGCCAGGACAUAUUGUUGUUGAUUCAUUCAAAUACACACAAUGCAAAAAAUGGUGUAGAAGCAAAUAUCAGAAGCAUACUGAAUCGAGUGGAUGCAAACUCUCUCAAAAUAUUGCAAUACUACAUUGACAAACAAUGCCGCGAUGACCAAUGGAAAGCUUAUCUUUUGGACGUUUGCCAAAAAUGCAAAGACUCUAUGGAACUGAAACCUUCAUACGCCGAUGACGUUCAAUCAACUAUGGCUUUUCGUAACUCUACCCACAAAAACAUGACCGAGUCAAUAGAACUCAAUUCUGGGUCGUAUGUCAAAGAGAUCGCGCUAGCAACAAGUGUCGAGGAUGUGAAACGCGACACUUCCUUAGUCUCAACAAAACUAGAUAUGGAUUCGUCUUCCUACUACAAGAUCGAGACUGAACUGUUCCGAGUUUAUUCCAAGAUUAUUCAAUACGCACUGGCUGCGAGUAACUCUAACCCAGAUGACCUAUGGGGUCAAUUCGAAUCUUUAUACGAGCAGCUUUUGAUCUUCAUCAAGAAUUCCGAUCAAAUUGCGUCAUACUUCCGUAACAUAGUGAGUGACGCAUUAUCUUCCAUCAACAAGUCGAUGUACGAAAAAGGUGGAGACGUGGUUGUUCAUGACUACGGUGUCGAGAGCUCCUCCGAUGAAGAGUCUGAUAUUGAUAUUAAUUUCGAUGACAAUAAAACCGAGCAUAGUCAGCCUAUUGCUGUUCGUCGCCAACACGAAGCUGCGAAUCAACCUAACAUCGAUCAAUGUUCAAUCCCAGUAGGUGUCAUUCCCUUCUUACACAUCAAGAGACAUUCUAAUAUAAACGAGGAAUGGAUUUAUGACAAGCACUACACACAAAUCUUUCUAUCCAAUCUCUUAAAGAUUGGUUCCAGUGGUUUUUCGCUUGAUAGAAAAACUGCGCUAUUGCUGAUAUCAAACUUGGAAUCUAAAUUAAUUUCUGAAAUUAUCAAGGUUCUGUUGCAGACAGGUGCCACUGUGAUCGUCGCUGUUGGCGAGUUUAGUCGCAAAAUCACACAAAGUCUACAGGAGAUUUAUCAUAAGUUCGGGUCAAAAGAUUCAAAGUUGGUGGUUAUUCCGUUGAAUCAGGCUUCAAAGGUUGAUAUAAAGAAGUUUUGUGAUCAUAUAUAUUCCGAGUACGAUGAUAUUGACUUCCUGCUGCCUCUCAACGUGCAUGAAUCCGAAAAUAAAAUAACAUCUUUGAGUUCCCAGGACGAAGUUACUUUACGGUCUGUAUCCAUAAACCUUUUGCGCCUUUUGGGACAUCUAGUCGAAGCAAAGGAAGCCAAGCAGAUGCAAACCAGACCAACUUUCGUACUGCUACCCUUAUCGCCAUUACUGGGAUCCAAAGGAGCAAGCGGAACCCUUUCGGAGUCCUACGCAUUCCUGAACAAGACCUUAAACAGAUGGCAAAUCGAGGGGUGGAAGGAUCACUUGAGUAUUUGUGGUUGUAUGUACGGCUGGACCGACGAAGACAAAACAGAUCCUGUUCUAAAUAAAGGUUUGGACAAACUGGGUAUACGGACGUUCUCGCCAGCUGAGACGGCAUUUAAUGUCUUAGGUUUAUUGACAUAUGAAAUUGUCACGGAAGCUCAUAGCACUCCGCUUGUAGCGGACCUAAAUGGUGGCUUACACACUCUGCCAAACAUUUUGCCUGUGCUGCAGGCGCUAAAAUCUGAUUUGGUUGACCAGUUGAGCCUCGAAAACGUCCUGAAUGAGGAAAAGGUUUCUGACGAUCAGCUAUGUGGGAAUUCAACCGCGCGUUCAGGCUCAGAGAUAAACCCAAGAGGUAACAUAAAUUUACAGUACCCAGAGCUACACGCGUAUCAAACCUUGAGAGAUGAAUUCAAUGGUUCAAAAAUUGGAGGUCUUGUUGAUCCUUCAGGCUUAGUGGUGAUUACUGGUUUCUCAGAAAUUGGUCCAUGGGGCAAUGCUAGAACGAGAUGGGAAAUGGAGAGCACUGGUGUAUUUUCCCUGGAGGGAUGCAUUGAAAUGGCUUGGAUUAUGGGUCUCAUAAAGUACAAACAGAAAGCUGACUUCAACGGCUGGAUUGAUGCUCAAACUUUGGAGCCUGUAGAUGGUCUGCAGAUAAAGGAAAAGUAUGAAAUGAGAAUUUUGGAGCACACUGGUAUUCGUAUUAUCGAACCCAAACUAUUUGAUGGGUAUAACCCUUCAAAGAAACAGAUGCUUCAGGAAGUGAUCAUUGACCAGGAUUUGCAGCCAAUCCAAACAUCCGCUGAAGUUGCAGAGCAAUAUAAACUAGAACAAGGUGAUAUGGUCGAUGUCUUCCCCAUUGAAGAUGACCAAUGUAUGGUCAAGUUCGUGAGAGGGGCCUCGCUUUACAUCCCUAAAGCUCUGGAUAUCGAAAGAAUGGUUGCUGGUCAAGUGCCAACUGGUUGGAAUGCUGAAGCAUAUGGUAUACCAAGCGAUAUCACUUCUCAGGUUGAUCCUACAACCCUUUUUGCUUUGGUUUCUACUGCUGAAGCUUUGAUUGCGUCAGGGAUAACAGAUCCUUAUGAAAUGUAUGAGUAUGUCCACGUUUCGGAAGUGGGCAAUUGUAUUGGGUCAGGUAUUGGCGGUAUGAAGUCUCACGAGUUGAUGCAAGUGCACAGAACGAGGGAAGAAAUGGUGCAAAACGAUAUUCUACCGGAGACUUUCAUCAAUGUCAUUGCGGCGUGGAUUAAUAUGCUGUUGCUGUCUUCUAGUGGUCCAAUCAAAACACCAGUAGGCGCUUGCGCAACUGCUGUUGAGUCCCUUGAAUCUGGAUACGAGACAAUUAUCUCAGGAAAGGCCAAGAUAUGUUUUGUUGGUGGUGUGGAUGACUUUCAUGGGAAUAUAUCCCAUGAAUUUGCUAACAUGGGCGCUACUUCCAACUCAACUGAUGAAGCCAAAAGAGGACGUGAACCUAAGGAAAUGUGCAGACCUGCUACUUCUACGAGGAAUGGUUUCAUGGAAUCACAAGGGGCAGGUGUCCAGGUUCUCAUGAGAGGAGAUUUAGCUGUUAAAAUGGGUGUACCAAUUUAUGGGGUUGUGGGCAUGACUGCGACUGCUUCUGACAAAAUUGGUAGAUCUCUACCAGCACCUGGCAAAGGUGUUUUGACAGCCGCCAGAGAGAGUGAGCACAAACCAAAGUAUGGUGCUUCUAAACUAAAUGUCGCUUAUAGAAAAAGACAACUCCAAUACAGAUUAAAAGAGAUCGAAAGAUGGGUGGAAGACGAGCUCUGCAUGGGCGCAGACCCAGAUAUCACUCGUGAGCUGGCAGAAGACCAGUUGCAAAGGGCGAAAAUGCACUGGGGUACAGAUUUUUACAAAAACGAUCCCACAAUUGCACCGCUCAGAGGUGCAUUGAACGUUUUUGGUCUAUCAAUUGACGAUCUGAGAGUUGCCUCCUGUCACGGUACAUCUACGAAGGCCAACGAGAAGAAUGAAUCACAGAUUUUGAACAAGAUGAUGGCUCAUUUGGGUAGGGCUGAAGGCAAUCCACUCGUUGCCGUUUUCCAAAAAGCCCUAACAGGCCAUCCUAAAGGUGCGGCUGGUGCUUGGAUGUUGAAUGGCUGUCUUCAGAUCAUGAAUAGCGGCAUCAUUCCUGGUAAUAAAAAUGCUGACAACAUCGACAACCAAUUUGAAGAAUAUAAGUAUUUGGUUUAUCCUUCGCGUGCAAUUGCUGUGGAUACCGUCAAAGCAUGCUGUCUCACUUCAUUUGGGUUUGGUCAAAAGGGUGCAAUGGCUUUGGUAAUUAAUGCAAACUUUUUAUUGGCAUGCUUAACAGAAGAUGAAUACCAAACUUAUCGUCGCAAGAGGUCUGAAAGAGAGAGAAGUGCUCAUAAAUAUUACAACGAUGGUCUGGUAAGAAACAAGCUUGUCCAGGUCAAAUCUGAGGCACCUUUCUCAAAAGAGGACGAGGAGCAAUUUUAUUUAAACCCACUAGCCAGGGUGAAGCUUACCGUUUGA